AUGGAAGCCUUCGCUCAUUCGACCCCGCUCCUCUCCAGCAGCGCCGUUCGUGACCUCCCAACCCGCCUGCACCCUUCGCACCGCCCUUUGCGCGCCGCCCUCCCCCGCCGCCGCCGCCGCCAACCCCCGAGGUGCGAGGCCUCCACUUCUUCAGCCUCCAAUUCGUCAGCCUCCAAUUUAUCAGCCUCCAAUUCUUCAGCCUCCAAUUCUUCAGCAUCCAAUUCUCCCCCGGUACAAGGCGCCCCCGGUUUCGUCUUGUGGGGCCCUCCGGGCUCCGGAAAGAGCACGCUAUGCGAGUCAUUGAGCAACUCGCACGGCCUGGUCCACAUCUCGACCGGUGCGCUUUUGCGAGCACACGUUCUCUACGAGACCGAUUGGGGCGUAAAGGCCCGCCCUUUCGUCCGCGCAACCGCCCCAGUCCCAGACGACAUAGUCAUCCCCAUGGUUCUGGAGCGCUUGCGUCAAGUCGACUGCGCCGACCGCGGGUUUUUGUUGGACGGCUUCCCCCGCAACAACCAUCAACACGCCGCCUUGACAGAGGCCGGCUUUGAUUAUAGCGUGGCAUUCAUGUUGCAUGCCCCGAGGGAUACGCUCAGCAGAAGAAUUCGCUACCGCCGUCUCGAUCCCGAGACCGACUCUUUGUAUAACCUCAAGCUUAGGCCGGCGGAUAGUCAGGAGGUGCUCGAGCGGCUCGUCGUGCUGGACAAGGAUCUUGGCGCGAAUGUCGCAGAGUUGUUCGCGACGUACGGGAAGAAUACCGCGGAAAUGUACGACCACCUCGCGUCUCGCGCUGCCCGCGUCGAUGCGGACCGCCCGCUGGAGGAGAUUUUGGAGGAUAUCGCGACCGAACUAGAAGUGAAGGGUGUAAAGCGGCAGAGUGAAAUUGGUGAACUGCCGUCAGCGAGGGUUUCCCCGAUGGUGGCUACACCACCUAACGUACUUGGCCGGCCUAGUUCGAUAACUGAGCAAGAUCUAAAGAGCGCCGAUUCUACUAAUCGUCCGAUUUCUGCAGCCGCUGCGAUGAGAGCGCAAGCAGGUCUUGGUCAACUUGAUCUGAAGGAAGGCAAAGGGGGGCAGGGUGUCAAGUCACCGAUUACAUUGAUACGAUGUGAUGGGUACAUGUGCGAGCGAGAGAGUGUGGAGGGAAGUCAUAUUGCAUUUAGGGGCGCUGCGACCGAGCAAGUCAUGCUCGUCUGGAAUAAGGAUCCGAAGACUGUCCUGUUGCUUGCGAAGAGGGGUCCCGCUUUGAUGGGAAACGUGCUGGAAGCAGCCCGGUAUUUUCUGGAGGUGAAAAAGUUAAACGUUAUCGUCGAGCCCCAGGUGCAAACUCAGGCAAUCGCCAAUGGUUUGUACCUCGAUACGUUUUCCUCGACCAAAUCUCUACAUGAGAUUGUGGAUUUUGUUGUCUGCCUCGGGGGAGAUGGGCUCAUUUUGCAUGUAUCUUCACUAUUCAAACAAGCCGUCCCACCCGUGAUCAGCUUUAAUUUGGGGAGUCUCGGCUUUUUGACUCCAUUCCAGUACGACCACUUCCGCACCGAAGUUGAGGAUGUGAUGAAAGGUAAUUGCAACCUGAGCCUACGCAUGAGACUAACGUGUCGAAUUGUGCGGGGAGAUGAAAUUCGAAAGGAAUUUGAGGUUCUCAACGAAGUUGUGGUUGACAGAGGCUCUUCGCCCUAUUUAUGCAAUCUGGACUGCUUCUGUGAUGGAAAGUACAUAACGACAGUACAAGCGGAUGGAAUCAUCAUGUCAACCCCAACAGGUUCAACGGCAUACUCAAUGUCUGCUGGAGGGUCUAUGGUACAUCCAUCAGUGCCUGCAAUCUUGUUCACACCCAUCUGCCCACACAGUCUAUCUUUCCGACCGAUCGUAUUCCCAGAUUCUGCAAAGAUUAGAAUACAGAUAUCCGAGGAGGCACGAUCACAUGCAUGGGCGUCGUUUGAUGGGAAAUCAAGACAGCAGUUACAACGAGGAGAUAGCAUGAUUAUUGAGAUGAACUUGUACCCAGUUCCUACCGUUAAUAAGACGGAUCAUACUGGGGACUGGUUCCAGUCUUUGGAUAGGGCGUUCAAUUUCAACAGUCGGGCCAUUCAGAAGAGUCUGGAGCCGCAGCAUCCACCCAAGCGGCCGCCAGUUCGCCCUCCUGCUACAGGGAAUGGAGCCCUGAGUGAGGAGUUUGCAAUGGACGGAAAUGCAGAGCAUGAAGUAAAGAGUCUGUAGAGGUCGUGGGCUGUAAAGAAUUACUAUUUUAAAGGGUUCUAA